AUGGCGAUCUCCCCUCAAUAUUUCAACUCCACUCAGUCGCUCAUCCGAACAACUAAGACGAAAUUCUAUCCUCUCGAUAUCCGUGUUCCACAUCCUCAGCUCAGGCAUUUCAUCAGUACGGUCGAUCAAGAUUGGAUUUACUUCGCCAGUAGCUACGAUAUCUAUGCUCUCCAUCUGCCUUCACAGCGCAAAUACAUACUUGUUACGCUUCCCUUUUUACCUAGGUGUCUUGUUGCAGGCCUGGGAUGGAUCUGCCUUGGUGGCGAGCAGAAUGGAGACUGUGCCUUCAUUCGACUAGACAAAGAGCAAGCUGAGACACGCUCGCAAGGACAUCCUGUCUCCCCACCUGAUUCGCCACGGAGGACGACUAGGAAGAUCUUGCCAGGUCUAGGACAGAAUGACACAGGUUCAAGUUCCUAUCCGGAGCUUUUUCUGCAAGAGCUCGGAAGCAAGAUCGUCAACUCAAUCACACUUCACGAGCUGUCCAAUCAUGGGAAGUCGACCUGGGAUGAACCUGUGGCACUGCUGAGCAACAACGACAGAACUGUCAAGAUCUAUUCUUUGUUACAGCAACAACUCAUAGCCGAUUUGCAGCUUCCCUUUCCAGUGAACUAUGCUCUGAUAUCGCCAGACUCGGAAAUCCUGGUGGCAGUGGGAGAUUCAAAUCAAGCCUAUUUCUAUCGAAGAAAACUGGUCAAUGCAAAGACGCCGUCUCAAGAUCGUUUCCCCGAGUAUGAAUGGGAAGUGCUGGCCAAGCCGAAGUUGGCUCAAGGGGAGCGUAUCAACGAUGACUACAGCUUCUCCGUCACGUUUUCACCUUCCGGAGACUUGUGUGCUAUCUCUGCUCAAGGUGGCAUGAUUUCAGUCUUCGAUAUGGGCACUAUCUGCAAACUCGCAGACAGUGAUGUCGAAUCCUACUCGAGUGCUAUGAUUUGCUCGUUUGUAUCUUCUCGGUCUGGUAUUUGUGGCUGCGUCCGGUCUAUGGCCUUCUCUCCAGCUCCAUGGGAUCUUUUGGUGUGGGCUGAAGACCAUGGCCGGGUAGGCAUCGCUGACGUCCGACAAGCCUUUUGUCGCCGGCAGAUUAUUACAUUGGAAACACAUGCUCCGGAUCUGGAGAGAAUUAUUCUUGAAGAUGCGACCGAUCCAUAUGUCAAAGGUCUUGAUUUCCGCGGUCGCCUGAUCCGUCAGUACCAGGAGAACUUUCAACCAGAGGGUGCUAGAACUAAUGACGAGUCUCUGCUUGGCGCUCCAGAAGACUGGUCUGAGGGAGCUGUUUUACAAAGACACGGGUCACGACGUAUGGGACUAGCUGAUCUUGACGCUCGCGAGCAGUCAGUGCUCGAUACCUUAGAGGUGACAAUGGAGGAGGUUGACGACGCCAUUGAAAGCGUACAGAGCCCGUACAGUGUCAAUUACAGAGCGUCUCCCCAUCUGCGAACAUUACUUGAAAAUGAAGAACGAAGCCCCUCACGAGCUCAAUUAGAAUCUCUGAUUGAUGUGUUUCGGGAACGAAAUCUGCAGCGCGUCCGUGGUGGGGACCGCCAGUACCAGCCACGGCGUCGCAACUCUGUUGUUUUGUCUCAAGGAACAGGCUCUGGCACAAGUGGUACAUCGAGGCUAGCGCCUGGCUCUAUAUCUAGAUCACGGCUCACUGCUUCGCCAGCACGGAUGGCGAACGCCGAUGUAGAUGCUGACCGUUCGACGCUGCCUUCUGCCAUGUCAACGGACGACCUCAACCCCACAGCUAGCGGAUCUGAUUCCCAACCAGUGCCUGAUAGCAUCCCUCCAUCUGACCCAUGGCAUGUCAUCCAGUCGGCACUUGGUCCCCCUACUCGAACCACUUCCCAGCCAACAGUUUCAAAUCCUCGACUUACGCCACCAGCUUCUCAUAAUGAUGCUAGCGAUGUGACGGAGAAUGAUGCAGGUAGUCGUCUACCUCCACCAGAUUCUCAGCCUAGUGCUCAUAUCUCGGCACACACAUCCACUCUCCCCACCACUUUCAAUCCGACUCACUCACAGACAAGGUCCCGUUUCCAGGCCAAUCCAAAUCUCCUUCGACGCGCAGCCCCCUUGUCAGAACUGGAAACAGAACGUCAACUCCGUCGCAUAGCCUCAACGACUGUCGACCUUGAGUCACGGGAAGGGCAUGUUAGGCCGAGGGCACUUGAAGACGACGAACGACACCUUCGAAUACUAGAGGCUCGAAUUCUAGCCCGUCAGCGCCUGGCAGCACGGGAGCUAGAACAGUCGGCUUCUCCACCUCCUGCAGUCUCUAGGACAGCUGGCACGCAAAGGUCAGAGUUGACGGGCCGGGCGACGUCUGCAGAACUGACUUUCGCACGUCAGAGGAUUAUGCAAAGUGCUCGCAACACAUUGGAUGGGAACGGCAAUUGGAUGGCUAGUGCAGCAUUGGAACGGAUCCUGGGUCGGUCUAGCAUUGAUGAUGCCAACGGGGUAGGCGGAGGUGCUGCUGAAAGAGAAAUAGGGGUCGGAACUGCUGGGAUAGGCUGGAGCAGCGACGGCCGAAACCUAUAUGUUGGAACCGAAGAGGGCAUCUUUGAGUAUAGUAUUAAUCUAAUGGAUCGACAAACCUUCCCAGCAUUGGACCUCAGCCUCCGGAACCGCUGGCGAGGACAGCGAACGGGCCGCCCUCUGCUUCUGGCUGCGACUCUUAGUCCAGCAGCAUUCAUCAGGCUUAAUGAAGGAGACCAUAAAGAUGGCAAAAGUGGCGAAGAGCAGAUGCUCGAGGCUUCCAGGGAGGAGAUUGAGAAGAAGAUACCAGAUGACUUGCAUGGCAUGAAAAGGAUCUUUAGGAGCAUAUGGGUGUUCCUCGAUCUAUACGUCUACGAGCCAAUUGCAACUAGCCUGCGAUUCCUGCACCUUGUUGUCAUAUUCGUUCCUGUCAUCUUCACAGUUCCUGCCGUAUGGGUAGGAAAGAGGCAGAGGGGAAGAGAUAACGAGAGGAGUGGUACACUGUGGUGGUAUGGUUUUCUUGUAGAAGCAAUGGAGCGGGCUGGACCCGCGUUCAUCAAGCUUGGACAAUGGGCAGCGUCUCGAACAGACAUUUUCCCGAACGAAAUGUGUAGUGUCAUGUCCUCUUUACAUUCGAAUGCGCCAGCUCAUUCCCUUGGCACUACCAAGCGAACUAUUGUAAGAGCUUUUGGCGGCCGGCCUUUUGAGGAGAUCUUUGAGGAGUUCCAGGAGAAACCUCUAGGCGUGGGAGCCAUUGCACAAGUUUACAAGGCAAGAUUGAAACCAGAUCUCGCGCCCCCUGGAGACGAAGCCAUCUCCGGGGAAAGACCGCGGAGUCUUCGACAGAAAGUACGCAAAAGCGUUGACGCCCUGGUCAAAAGUUCCCCUCAGAGAAUUCCCUCUUCGUACGUUGCCAUCAAAGUGCUACAUCCCAAUGUUGAGCGAAUUGUCCGUCGGGAUCUUCGCAUAAUGGGUGUCUUCGCAGCCAUAAUCAACGCUCUUCCCACUAUGCAAUGGCUCUCACUUCCAGAUGAAGUUGCCCAGUUUGGAGAAAUGAUGCGCCUCCAAUUAGAUUUGCGCAUUGAGGCUGCAAACCUCGCCAUAUUCCGGAAGCAUUUUCAAGACCGCACGACGGCCUGGUUCCCCUAUCCUUAUACAGAAUUUACAACGCGUCAGGUACUCGUUGAAGAGUUCGCACAAGGCAUUCCCCUAGCUACCUUUCUCCAAUCAGGUGGUGGUGUCUUUCAAAAAGAGAUUGCUGACGAAGGCCUUGACGCCUUCUUGCAUAUGCUUUUGAUUGAUAACUUUGUUCAUGCCGACCUACACCCUGGGAACAUGAUGGUCCGCUUCUACAAGCCGUCGAAGCCGGAUUUACCGCUCAGGAAGAAGCACAAUCCUGCAUCACCUCCGGAUGCACCUACGAUCGACGAGGUUGAGUCUGUGCUCUCUCGCUUACGGCCCUACACCCACAACAAGUCCGAAUGGACAACUGCACUUUCGGAAAUCGACAAGGAUGGCUAUCGUCCGCAGCUGAUCUUCAUCGAUACUGGCCUGGUCACAGAGCUCAAUACAACAAAUCGUCAGAAUUUUCUCGACCUUUUUCGGGCUGUUGCAGAGUUCGAUGGCUACAGAGCUGGGCAACUUAUGAUUGAAAGAUGUCGACAACCUGAGGCGGUAGUGGACGGUGAAGUGUUUGCAUUGAAGAUGCAGCAUUUAGUCCUUGCCGUCAAAGGCAGAACUUUUGCAUUGGGCAAUAUCAAGAUUGGAGACGUGCUAUCUGAGGUACUAGCGAUGGUGAGAGCACAUCAUGUUCGCAUGGAAGGUGAUUUCGUCAACGUGGUCAUUUCCAUUCUCCUACUUGAAGGGAUUGGCAGGAGUCUGGAACCAGAUCUAGACUUGUUCAAGAGCGCACUUCCCAUACUGAGGCAGCUCGGUGGCAGCAACCCCAGCAGCGUAAUCAAGAGCAUCAAGGAACGAGACUUCUCGCUGUUAAAGAUCUGGGUGGGACUGGAGGCAAGAAGGUUCUUCCAAGCAAGCGCCGAGAGUGUGGAGAGAUGUGUCAAGUACGACCUUCUGAGCCCGAAUAUAUGA